CCUGACCUGCGACCGGCAAUGGACUACAUGAACAACGCCUCCAACAGCUACAGUUCAGGAGACACCAUGAGCUCCUCCUUAGCCAACAUGACCAUCAGCGACCAGCACCACCAGGAGAACGGAGUCCAGAUGGGACACAGAGGCCCCGGGGACGCCAAAAUGAAAGAGAUUGAAGCAGCAUUCAGUGAAAACGGGGUGAAAUCUGUGUCUGAACUCUCUCAACCAGAGAGUGGCAACGAGGUGCAACCUGCAGAGACGUCUGCAGAGAAAGGAGGUGUUGAAGCCGAGCUCUCAAAAAUAGACAGCGCCUCAUGUGAAGACGAGGGGCAGCUUGCAACAGGAGGAGCAGCUUCAACAGCAAAGCCUGGUUCUGGAGUCCUCUGUGAGUUUGCGUUUGAUGGAUCAAAGCCUGCUGUAGACGGAGGUGCUGGGGAGCGUGUUGACUUCAUGGGAGCUUCCUGCUCCCCGGACCCAGGAAAUGAGGGAGAGUGUGGGAAGAGGCUAAGUGACUCUUUGUGGGCCUCUGAGGACCUCAGCUGUGGGUCAGAGAUUAGACGGGACGUACCUACCAGCAGGGGGAGCCCUGAGUGGACUGGAGCUGCGGAUGCUCAGAGGGCGAUCAGCCUGGACGCCGCCGAGUGCCUGACUGAAAUGAGCAAUCUGUCUUUAGUUCGCAGCAUGGCGUUGGAAGACCUGACAUCCAUCGGAGAUCAACACUUGUGGGUUAGUGAAGGAGAGGAGCUCGUCUCUGCACAAACAAAAGAUGGAGUGACUGCCGAUGGAGCAGCUUUAAAGUCCUGCAGUGACUCUGAAAGCAAAAAUAUAAACCCAGAAAAACAACAGUUGCUACACACCCAAAGUCUGUCACACUCUGGCUUUGAUUCUCAUUCAGAAGAUCCUCAUCCAGCACACAUCAGUAGGAACAUUUCCGAGAAGGACAGGCUUUUUACUGAAAUGCCAUCUGGCACAGCGACUGAAAACAGCAGCAGUGACUCAUCCUCACAUAGGGCCAGCUAUUCAAGGCCCGAAAUGACUGACUCAGACAUGAGGGGCAAUGUGGCUCAGACCACCGGUACCGCCGAGCUCCAGAAAACACCCCCCCAAAGCUCUCCAGCCAGAAAGUCUUUGGUGCCGGUCGCUAUUUUCAAAGCUCAUGCAAAGAUGGAUAACGGCUCUGCAGAUAAGACUCAAACUGCCACCAAACCAACCUCUUCCCUUAAAAGACCAUCCACCAAAUCACACGCGUCCUCCCGAAACGGCCCCAGCUCCAUCCCCGUUAAAACCAGCAGCACAGGGCCCAGGCAGCCCGGAAGUCUUGGUGGUGCAAAGUCUCAAACCCCCGGAGCCAAAACUUCUGCCAGAACUUCAGCUCAACCAGCUAGUGCCAAGAAACCUCCCACUCCAAAAAAUGGAAAAGAUGCCCAGAGUGGACAUAGCAGUCCUGGUACUCCAAAAUCUCCCACUAGCCAAGCCCUCGCUGCCAAGGCGGCGGCCGAGGCCAACAAAGUGAAGAAGGUGGCGGUGGUGCGUUCUACACCCAAAUCACCGGGCUCGCUGAAGAGCCGCCCGCCGGCUCCGCUGGCUGCAGCAGCGCCCAUGCCAGACCUGAAGAACGUCAGGUCCAAGAUCGGCUCCACAGAAAACAUCAAACACCAGCCUGGAGGUGGAAAGAUCUCAGCAAUGUCUUCGGUUCAAAUCCUUGAUCAGAAGUUGGAUUUUAGUAAUGUCCAGUCUAAGUGUGGCUCCAAAGACAAUAUCAAACAUGUACCCGGUGGCGGCAAUGUCCAAAUCCUCGAUAAGAAGCUGGACUUGGCCAACGUCCAAGCCCGUUGUGGUUCUAAAGACAACAUAAAGCACACGCCCGGUGGAGGCAAGGUACAAAUUCUUGAUAAGAAGUUGGACUUAAGCAAUGUGCAGUCCCGGUGUGGCUCCAAAGAUAAUAUAAAACAUGUACCCGGUGGUGGCAAUGUUCAAAUUGUGCACAAAAAGAUUGAUCUGAGCAACGUUCAAUCUAAAUGUGGAUCGAAAGUCAACAUUCAUCAUAAACCAGGUGGUGGAAAUAUUGAGAUCAAAAAUGAGAAGCUGGAGUUCAAAGUCCAGUCCAAGAUCGGCUCUCUGGACAACAUUGGCCACGUUCCCGGAGGUGGACAGAGAAAGAUUGAGAGCCACAAACUGAACUUCCGUGAGUCAGCCAAGGCCCGCACUGACCACGGCGCCGAGAUCGUCUCUUUGGAAGACUCCCCCCGCCAGCUCAGCACCGUGUCCUCCUCCGGCAGCAUCAACAUGGCCGACUCUCCGCAGCUGUCCACGCUGGCCGACCAGGUGUCUGCUUCUCUGGCUCAACAAGGCUUGUGAAUGCACCCGCCUCGCUCCCCCCUCUCUUCUCCACCUCACGACCACGUAGAGGAGUUGUGAUGCCUUCCUCGUUAUUUUCACAGGACUUUUUAAGCUACCCAUCACUGUUUAUCCUUCACUAACCUUUUAAACUGUUCUUAAGGCAUUACUUGUAGAGGUCUUGAGAAAAAAACACAGAUUAACGAGUAGGCCAAAAUGUAUUUUAAUUUCUCUCGGUGGUCUUUGAUCUCUUUAUUUGCUAUUUCUACCUUUUGUAAGUCUCCCUUUAAGAGUUAAAGCACCCCAGAAGAGCAAAACUCUCCCUGUGAAGCUGAGGAAUUCAUAUAUCUUCAUGCAUAUCCUGGUAAAUCUGACAUCAUUUAACACUUGGUUUCCUGUCGCAUUGACUGUAAACCCUUUUAGAAAAGUAUGUUUUUAAUGUCCCCUUUGAUGGGUUUUAUUUUUGGGGAAAAUGGAAGGAGAUGCAGACUGUUAGGGUUCAUUUUGUGCUAAAGCCGAAGGAACCGUUGCAGGGUACAGCGAGGAACGUGGGAGGAAAACUGUUAAAAGAAAAGUAGCAAAUGUUUCGUCAAGGAAGAAAAAAUGCUUUCAGACCUCACUGCUGUCUUUGCUUUGUGUAGUCCCGACAUGUGCUGCGCCUCGAGCUACUGUAGGCGACAGGGGCGUAACCUGGAUUUAAAAAAAAUACAGAACGGCUAGAGUAGAAACUUUGGUUUGUGUUGGGCACAGUUUUAUAAUCGUAUUCUGUGGAUAUAUGACAUGUAUUUGAUAUGAAGAAACAUUUGUAUUGUGCCUGCUA